AUGGAGCCCACAUCCUUACCACCCUCAAGAUUAACACGCAAACGCAAGGCAGCCGUUAGCUAUGUCGAGUACGGCGAGGACGACUACAGCGAUGAAUAUCAAUCGCCCGUGGAGAAGUCGAAGAAAUUGGCAUCAGCGCCUGAGACCAAAAAGAAGAAGACCAAGGACGACAGGGAUGCACCGCCUGUAGAGAAGCGUCUCCGGAAACACCGCGCACGCGCACCAGGCAGCUACCUCGAAAUCAAAAACCGCGCACUCACACAACGUCUUACUGUCCUGUCACGCGGACGAUGCGGCACCGACGAGCUUCCAGAGGAGAAGGUGGUCAUUGCCGGCUCGACAGGCAACGUCUACACUGUCAAUGUGGGCCUCAUCCCUAGUUGCGACUGCCCACAUGCGAAAAAGGGAAAUCAGUGCAAGCACAUUGUCUACAUCAUGCUCCGAGUUCUCAAGGCACGAGAAGACGUUGCUUACCAGCUAGCCCUUACCAGCACCGAGCUGCGCGAGCUGAUCAAGAAUGCACCGCUCAUCCCAGGCGUCGAGACAGACGGCAAAGACAAGCUUGGCGAAGAGCAAGACGGCAACCGCAAGACUAUCGAGGGCGAGUGUCCCAUCUGCUACGACGAACUCGACACGAAGAUUGACGAGAUCGUAUACUGCAAGGCUAGCUGUGGAAACAACGUGCACAAGGCCUGUAUGCAGUCGUGGAUUCAGGUGGCUGCGAAGAGCAAGGCAACUUGCCCGUACUGCCGCGCGACAUGGGACACAGAAGAAGCCUUUGAUGGUAAUCUGGGCAAUGUCGAUACGAAGGGAUUACAGAGGAAUGAGGACGGAUAUCUCAAUGUCGCAGGUCAACUCGGUCUGAGCGGCGAGAGAGACUAUUCGACCUACCACCAAUUCUGGGCGAGGCGACAAUUCGGUCGUAGAUGGUAA